GUGACAGUAUAGAGCGAGAGAGAGAGAGAGAAACAAAGCAGCACCCAUUUGGAUCCUCUCUUCUCUUCUUUGAUCUCCGUUACCCUUUUUGUUUUCUCAACAGAGAGAGAGAGAAUAUUUCGAAGUUCGUUUGCGUGUGUUGUGUGGUCAGUCACCGAUGGCAGCACCACCUGCGAGGGCACGUGCCGAUUACGAUUACCUCAUCAAGCUUCUUCUUAUUGGCGAUAGCGGUGUGGGAAAGAGUUGUCUGCUUUUGCGAUUUUCUGAUGGUUCCUUCACAACCAGUUUUAUCACCACCAUUGGCAUUGAUUUUAAGAUAAGAACCAUUGAACUUGAUGGCAAACGCAUUAAGUUACAAAUCUGGGAUACAGCUGGUCAGGAGCGAUUUCGAACUAUUACCACAGCUUAUUACCGUGGAGCCAUGGGUAUCUUGCUCGUUUAUGAUGUUACUGAUGAAGCAUCUUUCAACAAUAUUAGAAAUUGGAUUCGCAACAUUGAACAACAUGCUUCUGACAAUGUAAACAAGAUACUUGUGGGUAACAAGGCUGAUAUGGAUGAAAGUAAAAGGGCUGUGCCUACCUCCAAAGGUCAAGCCCUUGCUGAUGAGUAUGGUAUCAAGUUUUUCGAAACCAGUGCAAAGACAAACAUGAAUGUGGAGGAGGUUUUCUUUUCAAUAGCAAGAGAUAUCAAGCAAAGGCUUGCUGACACAGAUUCUAAGGCUGAACCUCAGACUAUCAAGAUUAACCAACCCGACCAGACAGCUACAGGGGGCCUUGUGGCUCAAAAAUCGGCUUGCUGUGGUUCAUGAAAUAAAUAACAAGUCAGAAUCUGCAGUUAGAGGGUGCAGAUUCAACACUCGCCCUCAUAUGGGUGCUAUAGUUAUUUUGAUGACAUUUAAAAGUGGGAGCAUGUAUUUGUCCUUGUAUUUCCCAACUGCAAAGAUUAUGUUUUGAAGAUAGUGUUUUAAAUUUUUCGUUUACUUAGCUGUCGGAUUUGUUGUGAUUAGUUCGUUUGCUCCACUCUCUCCUCUUUCAUUUGUACACCGACUCUUGAAAGAAAAUCUUUCGAUUGGAUUCAGAUUGAUUAUUAGAAAAGCUUUUAUCUGUUGCAAAUAAUAUUCCAGACGAUCUUACGUU